GCUUUGACUCCGUCUUGCUCCUACCUGCUCCUGGAGAAGAGGUCCCCGCCAUGUCUCGCUACAGCCUCCACAACCUCCUGGACUGGAUGUACGGCGGGGUGGACCCCAGCUUUGCCGGCAAUGGAGGGCCGGAAUGCGCCGCCUUUCUCUCCGGCCAGCAGCGCCUGCUGGAGAGUUUGGUGUUCCUCAGUGUGGGCACCGUGGAGAUCCUCGUGUCCCUGUGGAAGCUGAGGCAGCAGCACGUCCAGGAGCUGGAGAAUCUGCUGCAGCAGCCCCAGACGAAGCGGGAGAGCCUGGGCAAGAACGUGCUGCUGGUGCUGCUCUGCCUCAUCUUUGGGCUGGAGGUGGGGUUCAAGUUCGCCACCAGGACUGUCAUUUACCUCCUGAAUCCCUGCCACGUGGUCACCAUGAUGCAGAUUUUUCUUCUUGCCUGUCCCCCAUGUCGGACUGCAAUGAUUCUCUUCAGGUUGCAGAUGCAUAUGCUGAAUGGGGCCCUCUUAGCAUUGCUCUUUCCUGUUGUUAAUACACGCCUGCUUCCAUUUGAAACAGAGAUUUAUUACAUCCAGCAUGUGAUGCUCUAUGUUGUGCCCAUCUAUCUGCUGCACAAAGGAGGUAUCUACACCCCUGAACCGCUCUGCAAUUUCUGGUGGGCUCUUUUAUCCACGGGGUUCAUGUUUGUGUAUCAUUUCAGCAUCCUGCAGAUCCUGGGACUGGUUACAGAAGUGAAUUUGAACAACAUGCUGUGCCCAGCCAUUUCAGAUCCUUUUUAUGGGCCCUGGUACCGAAUCUGGGCAUCUGGACAUCAGACUGUCAUGACCAUGACUCAUGGGAAGCUCAUAAUCCUGCUGUUUCACAGUGCUGUCCCCACCCUCAAAUGGAGCAUGGACUUGCUUGGACUCCCAGCUAAGAAAAUAGACUGAAAUGUCUCCCCACAGAGCAGUGCAUACAGGAAGCAGAGAUAUACUGGAAAACAAAGAGGGGGGGAGGAGAGGACAAUGUCUUUCUACUUCUUCCCACAGUUUUUUGCCUCAAAAACACAUCUGUAAUGAAGUGAGGUUUUUUUACCUGCUAUUUCUCACUGCCUAUUGCCAAUGGCAAAAUUAGUGGCCUUAUUUUGGGGAAGGUUCAUGUUUUAUACAUUUUGUAUAGAUUACAGUAGAAUCUUGCUAAGCCACCAUUUAAAAUUAGGCCAGGACCUGUCCACAUUCCAGCAGAGAGAGUGGCAGUGCUACCUCAUUUUGACUCAUUUUCCAUUAAAGAAUUGUACACUUCUAGGGCAGGAAAUAAUGCUGAAUUGUAGCACUCCACUGAUGUGAACCAACAUGCUGGACUGCAUCUCCUGGCUUAACUCUUAAAGCUUGAAUGUUCCAAAAUGGUCACAGGAAAUCAUGCACACUUAAUCUUCCAAUCAGAAGUGCAAAACAGUGAGGUUCUACUGUAUUUUCUUAAAGCUGGUUGAAAAUGUUGGGGAACAAUAACUCAUUAAAAAUAUUAAUCAACUACUUAAUUUCUAAGCUGCAGUGGGUAAGUACCUAUCUAGUGAAGUCCCAUCAUGAUGCUUUGGAGAUGCUUUUAUUUUGGUAAGGGGGAAAAAAAUGUUGAAAUAAUUUCAAAAGACCAUGUUAUGUAUAGGCCAUGAUACGAUAUUGCAUCCACUGUUCUGUCCUGACUUAGAACAAAAUGGGUUUUUUUCACUUACCUUAAACUGGAGAAGGAGUGGAGAUACCAUGUCCAAUGUAAACAUCAGGAGGUUUUUUUAUAUUUAGUAGCUUUUGAAACAUUCCUGAUUUGUCUGUGCUGAUCCUCACUGACCAGACUGGUUGGUGCAGAAACCAAAUGAAACUGUUCUCUCCCUACAGUUCUGCCAUAUUUUGUGUAUUGUUUUUAAAAUACAGGUAUAAAAAGGAAUGUCCAAUCAGUGCAGGCCUCUACUGCAAAGGGCAUGUUCCACUUUAGCAGCAUGGCCCAUCAAUGUCUUUUGGAGAACUGGAUGGGCAGAAUGAUCAACUGUGCUCAAAUUUUGCAGGAGGAGGAACCAUUGGGCAGAAAGAGAGAAAAUCCUGACUGUGUUCUUCCAGAAUUGUGAGUCCAUUAUGCAGACUGUUGUGUUUCAGGGCUGCAGAUUUUUCUUGUACAGAAGUUUGGGGGAAUUUAUAGAUUAAUUGUGUUGUCAAAGCUGUGAUUUGAAACCAAAACCAUCAUACCUCCUCCAGCUGGAUCACCUGAAGGUAUGUGCUGAAGUUAAGGUACAGAUAUUUAUACCUCAGGAAGCAAAAGCAAGUUGGCUUUUUUUUUUUUUCCUUAAGAAAGAAAAAAUUAUUUUGUGAGGGAACAAGUGGCUACUUCAAAUAUUUUUACUCCAUAUGAUUGAAAAAAGUUCACCUCAAUCAGAAAUACAUUGUCCCGUAUUCUGAUUUACAAAUUGGUUUCUGGCAUUCUUCCAUGCCUUGCUGUAUGUGUGUGUGUAUAUAAGAAUAUACUGUAUGCUCACAACUUGAGAACAUGCAGCAUGUACCUAAACUGUCCCUCAGGCAUAUACAGCUGGUGUUAGUGUUACAAUAGAAGGACUUUAAACAAAUUUUGCAAGUACUACUUAGCAUUAUUAUUUGCUUUAUUUGCUUAACUUAUGGUUUAUGGGGUUUUGUUUUAAUUGCCUUUUUUUUUUUUUACAAUCUUCCCUUUUUUUUUUCCUGUCAGGAUAUUAUAGUUACUGGAAACACUUCUCUAAGUAGGAGCCUUUUCUGUUUUCCUUUUUUAAACUAUAGCAUUUCCUAUCUGUAAUCAUCUGCUUCAGGGCAUUCCAAACAAGUACAAAGCAGCUGCUGUUUGCCACCAUUGACUGCCUCUGGUCAAUUAAAACUGCAGGAGCAUUUAAAUGAGCUCAGGUGUCUCACUCAGUGCAGGCUCUGUGCUUGGAAAGCAGAAUUUGCAAGCUCUUCUGGCUGACUUAAAAUUCAGUAGCAGCAAUGUGAGCAGAGCUGCCAGGGCCAUCCCUGGGCAGUGCAAAGGGAUUCCUGGUGCAGAGCUGCUGGGAGUGCCUGCCCCUGCCCUCCCUGAGCCCACCUGUGCUCUUCCCUCUUAUGCUGCUCCAGUUGCUUUGAGUCACACAGAAAUUCCAGGUGGAAUUUCACCACAUGGGGUUUGCUGCUGGAGCUGCUCAUCAGAGCCAGUGGGGCACUUGGACUGUCCUUCUAAACCUUGUGUGGGCAUGUUCCGGAGCUUGUUGAAUCUUUUCUACCAAUUUAAGUUGAGAAAAUGUCUCACUGAACAAGGCAAAAAAGUAGAGAGGUAACCAACUACUGCACUCAGUAAGGAUUUUAGAAGUACUGAAGCUGCAGCGAAGGAAUCAAAUGGUGCAGCUGGAGUCAGGUGGGAAGGCAGGCAGUGCAACCUUCACCUUUUGAAUAUAAGCUGUUGCUUAUUUGUUGUUGUGCACUAUCAGUGAGAGGUGUUUGAGUUAGAACAGAAUCAUUUAGGAUGAAGAAAACCUGUGAGUUCAUCAAACCAAGCAUUAACCCAGCACUGCUGAGCCCACCAUUUACCCUUAUCCCCAGGUGCCACACCUACACAUCUUUGAAACCCCUCCAGGGUUGGGGACUCCACUGCAGCCUGUUCAAGGCUUGGUAACCCUUCUGGGGAAGAAAUUUUCCCCCAAGUCCAAUUUAAACCUUCCCUGGUGCCACUCGAGGCUGUUUCCUCUUGUCAUGUUGCUUAUUUCCUGGCACAAGGGGCUGACCCCCACCCUGCCUUCAGGCAGCUGCAGAGUGACAGGUCCACCCUGAGCCUCCUUUUCCCCAGGCUAAACCCUCAGCCAUUCCUUAGAUGUGUGCUCCAGACCCUUCCCCAGCUCCAGUGCUUUGCUUUGGGUGUGCUUCAGAGCCUCAGUGCCUUUCCUGUAGUGGCAGGCCCAAAACUUACAAUUAUUCCCUCCUUCCCCAUGCCCUUCUUUGAAGGCUUUUAGGACUUUAUGUAGAUUUAUGGUGACCCACCACUCACAACUGCAUCAGUGCAGCUGAGACAGGCUCCACAGAAGGGGAAGGACAGGUCAGAAUGGGAGCAGAAAAGGGAAAAACUUCUAAAGCAAUUGUGGAACUUCACAUUCUUCAUUCCUCACCUAUCUCUGGUAUCUGCUGGGAAUAUGCAUUAGCCAGAGCUUGCCAUAUGUGCAGGAAAUGGGAAAGCAGAGUGCUUCAUCUCUAUAGCACUUAUUUCUUGAUUCUUCUUUUCCCUGAAUGGUUUAUUUUAUAGGCAGUUACAUGAUACAGAUUUCUUUGGUUGCUUCAUGCUUGUUUAUGCUGGAAAUGAAAGCACAGAAGUGUAAUGCUGUUCUUGGGAGGCAAUUGCAUUCUCUCCUGGGGAGUUACACACUCAGUCCAUGUCAAGAUAACUUGAAGCUGUUGCCCAGUACCUGGUGAUGAGGUUUUACAGUGCUGCAGUGCAAUGCAAUUGAAAGGGCUGUCCUGGGGCUGCUGUCACAUGUGCCCAGAUGUGUCAUGGCACUGGAACUUCAGCAGCAGCAGCUGAAGCAGAGUGCAAAAUCUCACCCCAGAGCAACUUCAUUUGCUGGCCGGAAUACUCCAAAAAAUUCUUGUGCAGUGCCACUGCCUGGCCUUCAGAGAUGCUGGUAUGGGUGAAGGGGUCUGAACAGAGCCCUCCAAGUGUUGGUGUUGUAGACAUUUCAAAAGAAACAAACUCAUUGCUCCAGCUGCCACUGGCUGCAUUUCCCUCCAUGUCUACCCAUGAAGGCAGCAUUAUUAGCUGUAAUAAACCUGUUUACUGAUGGGUAAGUAAGUAGCUCUCCAAACCAGUAACAUUUCUGCCCCCACCACCUUGUGCCAUGGCUGCAGCUGUCCAGGAUCCCUGCAGUGCUUUUUCCAGGGAUUCAGACACUGUACAGUGCCUGAGCUGGAUCUGUUUGUUCAACUUCCUCUUUUAAGCACCAAAGGAGAAUUUGCUUUGUUUCUUUUGAGAGGUGCUAACAAAUAGUUCUUGCCCAUGUGUUUGUAAAUUGAUGAAAAGCCACAGUCUAUGAACACACACGUGGAGCUGGUUUUGGUUCAGCUUCUUAGUUCAAAGAUGCUGCCCUAAGCUAAACUUAUGUGUGCUUGAGGAAAAGUCAGUCCAUUUACAGUCCAGUCAAACCUUGAGGUCAGAGAGUACCUAAGAGUAGGUUUCUGUUUCUGGCCACAGAGUUUUGAAAUUCUUGUAUAUUUCAGAUAAUUUUAUAAAGUUCAAUUGUAUUUUUCAGAAAUGGCUAUUUGCAACUGUUAACUGACUGUACUUCUAUGUCCUAAGUCUUGCAUCCAAACCAGAAGCAUUUGUUUUCUAUGCAUCCAUAGCUUAUGGAAAAUAGAGUUGUGGUGUUUUCUUCAGUGUGACAUUUGUUUCACUCUAGGUGGAUCCUUAGCAAUUAAAUUCAUCCUUACAGUUAACAAAGCUCUGAAAAAGCCAAAACCCAGGAAGAGGGUAUAUGUCAGCCCUGGUGGGAGGUUUCUGCAGGCAGGCAGGUCAGCUUUGGUGUUUUCAGUUCUACAGUGACAGGACUCAUAACAAAUCUGUUGAUUUUUGUGACCUUGUACUUCAAGUGAUAUUGCUGUAAAUUUCUCUUGCAGCUGCUGGUGUAACUUAGUCAAAGCCAAGUUGUUUUAUAAAUAAUUUUAUUUUUAUUCAGGGUCAAUUUUGUACUUUUAAAAACUUCCUGCAUUUCCUGAGUCAUUAUCCCAAUGCUGCAGAGGACACAGCAGGCAGAGCAGUGAGCACACGCCACUGUCCCUGACCAUCCUGUGCCAGGGGCUGGGCUGGAGCACCAGGGUUCCCCACACUCCAGUGCCAGCAUGGCAUUAUCCAGGCACAGAAGGGGUUGGAAAGGGCAAGGAUGGAUGUGGAUGGGCUCAACUGCCACAUAUGCUGUUAGGUCUGAAUAAUUUGUAAGUGUUAUAAAUUUUGUAAACUUUUUAAUGUGCUAAACUUUGGUUAUGAGGUAACAUUUACAAAUGAGGGGUAAUUUGUGUACUUGUUUUUGUAUUUUGCUCUGGUGGGCUUUUUUGUUGUUGUGCCCUAAGUCCAGAUCAUUGGGCAAAUAGUUGUUAAACCUUGGAAUUAAAACAAAUAAAUGCAUUUUACUGGAUA